UUUAUCAUCCAAAAAGCUACGCUCAAAAUUACAACCACCACCAUCUACAUCACCACAAAUGCUACUAGUUUUAUCAUCUUUGCUAUCACCACAAGCGCAACCACUGUCACCAGAUAUACAAAUAUCACAACAAUCACUACAAGCACAACUUAUACAACUACAACAAUCACCACCUCAAGUACAACAAUUACCACAAGCACAACUUAUGCAACUACUACCACCGCAAGUACAACUAUCACAACAAUCACCAUAUCAAGUACAACAAUCACCACAAGCACAACUUAUACAACCACCAUCACAAGUACAACUACUACAACAAUUACUACCACUAUUGCAACAUUCUCAAUUGAUUUUAUCACCAUUUUCAUUACAACAAUCAUUUUUAUCAUCAAUACCAAUACCACAAUACAAUUGGGCUUUUAGAGCUCAACCAUUUCAAUCGUAUCAACCAACUUUAUAUAAUCUGUAUCAAACAUUGCCUUAUAUUUCAACACAGUCUUAUGCUAUUCAAUCUAAUCUAUAU